CAAACUUAUCCCGCAAGCUGUCACUGUGGUACUGUGCAAUACUCCGUGCUCCUGUCCCCGCCUCUCCCCCAAUGGAAGGUCGUAUCCUGCAACUGUAGUAUCUGUAGUCGCAAUGGCUACCUGCUUGUCUAUCCCGAAAGGUCCCAGCUACACAUGACAAGUGGGGAGGAACAGCUGAAAAGCUACUCUUUCGGCAUCAAGAGGAGUCUGCACAAGUUCUGCGGACGGUGUGGAAGUUCUGUCUUCUUUGAU